AUGUUUUUAGUACAUAAAACACCUUUUUCCAUAGUGGACAUCCUAGAUCCCUCCAAAUUCACAGGAAGAAACAGAGACUUACAAAGUACAGAAAAUAUGGACUGCAAAAAGAAAAGUGAUCCGCUCUCGGAUGAUGAAAGCCAGAAAUCCACUGACAGCCGCUCCCCUUCAGGGUCUCCGGUCCCGGCCCGCAAGGCGAGGCGCGUGCGCACCGCCUUCACACUGGAGCAGCUGCGCGUGCUGGAGCGGAGUUUCCAGAGCAGCCAUUACCUGUCCGUGCUGGAGCGCCAUGUCAUCGCCGCGGCGCUCCGCCUCUCCGAGACUCAGGUCAAAAUCUGGUUUCAGAACAGGCGAACCAAGUGGAAGAAGGAGCGAGAGGGACACGGAGCCGAGGAGCACAGCCACUUCGCCAUUUUACCACCAGCGGUCGCUCCGAGCUGCCCGUUCACUGCAGCGGCCGCUCUCCAUCACACGGCUCCGCUGUCUGUACACUUCCCCUCGGCUCAGCCCUGCCUGCCCUCCGCCUACAGCUACACUGCACUUACAUACUUCUAA